CUUCACCGGCGGUGUUUUUGUUCGACCAAGAAGAUCCUUUCCGACCCGUGCCAUCCUCCGUGCGCAUCGAUCGCCAUGAAGGCUGACAUGAAGAGGCACAGCUACGAGACGCCCGCGGACUUCGCCAAAGUGGACUCCAUCUUGCGUCACCUGCAGCAGACGGAGAGCCACGAUUGGCUCGGCGAGAUCACCCACUGGGGGACCCAGGUUUGCUAUUUGCUCUUGCAGAACUACAACAUCACACGCCUCAACAUCCAAAGCAGCAACUUCCACCUCAUCUUGCUCACCACCUUCUUCUUCGCACAACGAAUCUGGUUCUUCCUCUGGCGGAUGACGCAAUUCUCGGACGCCCACGGCAUCCGCUUCGCGUGCCAUCUCACCCUCUUCUUUGUCAUGGUGGACUCCCUCUACUGCGCGUUGACUCUCGCCAUGCAGGACCACUUCGCAGGGGUCUACUUGGCGUUACCAUUAAUUGUGAGCGCUCUCUUCUACCAUGGUUAUUUGAAGCAACAAACCAAUGUCUUCACGGCCGAGCUCUUCAACAUGCUCCGACGAUGUGUCUAUCACAGCGUGGAAGCGGCCUAUUGUAUUGGCGUUCUCCCGCUGAGGUUCGUGCGCUAUGACUACAUCUACUACGACACCUCACGCUGUGCGUUUCUCACGGUCCUCGUCACCGUGCACAUCUUCCUCAGCUUCCUAUGCCUGGAGUUGCACUGUCUCGGCUCCGAAGCAUUGCAACAGGUGCGGAUGCUCGGAGACUGGCGGCGGAUCGCGGAUCCGGGGAAGCAGAAAGCCGCGGAGUGGUCAUCACACAGUUGUCCAUAUCCCCGAGGCUCGGUGGUCCUGUGCAAAGGUCGAUAUUACGAAGCUAUGGCCACCUUGAAUACGUCUAUGCCAACCAGCACGCGUCAUGGUCUUUGGCCCAUCGUCUACAUCCUGGGCGAUUCGCAGCGAGCGAAGGCCGUUAUGCUGGGGGCGUUGUUAAUGAUGAAUGCGAUCUUGGUCCAGUUGCUCGUUUGGUCCAAUCAGUGGAUCAUCUAUGCGGUCAUGAUCAUACCGAAUGCCAUUCACUUCGUCUAUGUCAAGCUCCGGACCUCUCACGCCUUCUUCAAUCCGGCACAUCUCAACUUGAGGCAGCUCCAGUGGGAUCUCUCGAUGCCCGGCUCAGGGCAAAGCGACUUCAUGGGCAAGAAUACUUGCAGAGACCCCUUCGAACACUUCGGCCGAGCCUGGUCGAGCCUUGGCGAGCUGAAGCAGCGUCAAAAUGGGGAGAUUGGCCAUUUUGCCGAGCGCUUCGACUCGAGCUGCCCGGAUCCGCUCUUCAUGUCAGCCGUCGCAGCCAGCAGCAGUUUCUUCUUUGGGAACGGCGGCCACUGCGACCUGGCAUCUUAACAGCCAAUCCCUGGAGGUCCGGCUUUUCGCGACGCAGAAUUUGUGGCAACGGAUCGAAACGACAAAAAA